GUCGUCAAGGAGUCGUGCGAACUCCCUCCGCGCUGCCAAACGUGCACGCUCUCCCAAAGACAGCCGUUCCUCGUCGUCCUGUCCUUGUUCUGCCGCGAACUGCUUCUCGUCGUCGUUCCCCGUUCUUUUGACGUCCUCCCGAACCCGUGCCUGAACCAAGCGUCUCGUCCCGACAGUCUGUGUUUCAGGCUAUCCGCGACCACCGUCCAGGUCGGCAGCACUCCACACACCGCAGAGAAAAAAAUAAACAGCCCAGCUGGCGUCGCCACUGCUUGUCCUUGGUGCUUACGCAGCUGAUCGCACGAUUCCUGGGUCUCGGCUGCUGCAGAGUCUGGCCGUCCUCCACUUUCCCUCCAACAAGCGCGACCCGACGCUCUACUACCCCGAGAGUCCCCCCAAACCUGCGCGCUCGCCAAUACAGUCGACCGGCACCUCCCCCUCCCCCUUUCUCGCAAGAAACACCGCGGCGGAGAAAAAAAAAAAGCUUAAGCAAGGGCGAAGUCAUGCACUUGCAUUAAGUCAAGCAGACCUCUUCUCUCCCAUUCACCACCCGCGCAGAAGACGAACCAACGUCGCCGCCGGCUUCGGCUGCGUACUGACCCUCUCGCCUUUCCAGCGGCUUGCCCCACGUCCUGAUACCAGGCCCGAGAUACACUCGUUAUGGCAUUGCUCACGUCGAGGACGCCGGCAGGUUACGGAUCAAACAUGGCUACGUACAGGGUGCAACAAACAUCGACGCAGCAUCACGGUUUUUUUGCUAGCCCGACGGAAUCGGAAUUUUCCGAACACUUUGACAGCCCGGGUUCUGUAAGGAACUGGGACGAGGAGCGUGUUGCAGAAUGGCUGCGCAGCAUCAACUGCGCACAAUACGUCUCCUUGUUUCUCAAGAACAACAUCACCGGGUCGAACCUGAUGGAGCUCGAUGCUGCUUCCCUGAAGGAGAUGGGCAUCUUGAAGAUGGGCGAUCGCAAGCGUAUCGAAGCCCAGGCAAAGAAGUUCCGUGCGUCGGAGUACAAGCGAAUAUCCAAACGCGUAACAAACCGAGAGUCUCUUGCUCUGCUGGACAACCCGAACUUCACUCCGCCUUCCUCUGCUUCGCCGAAAGCACCUCACUCUGCACGGUCCGCCCAGAGCACAAGGGCUGAAAAACGUAUGUCGAGGCAGAUCUCAGACCUCUCGAACAUGGCCGCCAGCGCAUCCUCGUUCAAUUCUACCAAGCCACUUUCUCGCCCUUCGUCCCCGUACAUCGAACAAGAUCGAGGCACUCGCUCACGGGGGUUCGGUGCUGUUGGCAGUCCUCAGCGCGAGAACACGGCCCCGAACUCCGGAAGAACCGACUACACGACGGUGGCUUCAAGGUACGCGGUUCAGCCAAACCGGGCGGCAACAGCGCCAGCGGAGACCCCACAAACCACCCGCUUCCCCGGCCAUCGCACAACACCGAGCACGGACAGCACGAAUGCAACCAUCUUGCCCGUCGACAAGGCUUUGAUACGAGUCAUCUAUGACACGGGCCGCACGUCCGUCGUCAACAUUGAAGGUUGUAAGGGAGUGGAAGACAUCAUGCUCAAGGCACUCCGAAAAGGCGGCCUGAACGAGAACCACUUGAAGAAUUACUGCUUCUACGUGCUCGAUGGGACCGAGCCGAACCCAGCCUUGUGCAGGCGCAUCAACGACACAGAGGUCUGGCGCGUUUGCUCCGACCGCAAUAGGCUUGAGCGCAACCGCUUGAUUUUGCGAAAGAUCCACAUGGGCGAACCAGACGACGAACAGCUCAAGACGGCUGCUAGCAUUGCAAGCCAGAUCCAUAUUCAGCAACAGCAGAAUAACCUGAUCAUUCCGGCCAGUGCACGCAGUCAAUUGAAGAUUGAGAAAAUCACAGGAGAGUCUCUAGCACCAGUCAGCUACCCCUUGUCACCAGCAUCCAUGAAGGAGCGUGAGCGCUUCCAAUCCACCUCCGCCCAGAUCACAUCCAACGUGAAACCCGUACCGAGGCCAAGGACAGUCUUGAAAGAGCAUUUCGGCGGCCGACCGCCUAGUGAACUCAUUGCCUCAGAUCUGUCGACCUAUUUCCCGGAGUACGAGCCUGCGGAAAUCGACCGCACCGUCCGAAUGUCUGUUCGCCGCUCUCGCCGCAUCAGCAGAGCCACAAGCAGACUUAGCACUGUCAGCAACUUCAGCGUCGCCUCCAGCCUAAGGGAUGCACCCCCUCUACCCGCAAUCUCCGAUCAGUGGCUUUCUCAGACACCCAAGGGUCCUCGCCCUCUGUCUGUCUUGCGUCUUGGCGGCGGUCCAGGCUAUCGGGACUCGAUUGCCUCGUCAAUGCUAGAGCCGCUUGACGAGGAGUCACCGCUAGAGCCGGAUCGCAAGUCGUACGUCUCUUUUGCAGGCAGCGAGGUCAACAGCAUCGGCCCGGAGGGUAAUUCCACUCCCAUGCACGGUUAUUACGACGACGCUCGUAGCAGCAUCGCAGGUACUAGCUUUAGUGGCGGAAGUGGAGAGGGAAGCGACUCUCUUAACAAGAGAUUGAGUCAGCUGGUGCAUGAAGAUAGCGAGGAAGAGGAUGAGGAGCUGAACGAGUUCCUCGAGAACGAUUCUUGGGACAACGUCAAGUACAUGAAGGGCGCUCUCAUCGGCCAAGGCUCCUUUGGCAGUGUCUAUCUCGCCCUGCACGCCAUCACUGGUGAGCUCAUGGCCGUGAAGCAGGUUGAGAUGCCCACGGACACGGGCACUGCCAUGGAUACGAAGAAGAAGAACAUGGUAGAGGCUCUGAAGCACGAAAUCGGCCUCCUCCGCGAGCUCAAGCAUCAUAACAUCGUGUCUUACCUCGGCUCCAACUCCGACGAGAGUCACCUGAACAUUUUCCUAGAGUAUGUCCCUGGUGGCUCCGUGGCCAGCAUGCUCGUCAACUAUGGUCCACUCGGCGAAUCUCUCAUCACCAACUUUGUGCGCCAGAUUCUCAACGGGCUCGCCUAUCUCCACAGCAGAGACAUCAUCCACCGUGACAUCAAAGGCGCCAACAUCCUCGUCGACAACAAGGGCACCGUCAAGAUUUCAGAUUUCGGCAUCUCCAAGCGCGUUGAGGCAUCUUCCCUCCUUACGCCAGCCUCGAAGAAGGGAGCACAGCGUGUCUCGCUGCAGGGCUCCGUGUUCUGGAUGGCUCCUGAAGUCGUUCGCCAGACGGCCUACACCAAAAAGGCAGACAUCUGGUCCUUGGGCUGCUUGAUCGUCGAGAUGCUGACAGGCCAGCAUCCCCACCCCAACUGCACACAGAUGCAGGCCAUCUUCAAGAUUGGCAACAAGACAGGCGCGGAUGCCAGCCCGGCCAUUCCAGAAACCACAAGCGAGGACCUGAAGGCGUUCCUGGGCAUGACCUUCCGUGGCGAGCACGAGCAGCGCCCCAGCGCAGAAGAAUUGCUGAAGCACGUGUGGAUUACCAAGGAGAUGAAGUAGAUUAGGCAUCUCCUGGGAUCGAAGCGUCGGAGUUUAUGAUAGAUGAUGAUAGAUGCGGCGAUUGUCUUACUAUUUGAGCGAGCAGGCAUUUGUGAGCGGAUUGCGGGAUUCAACGUGUACCAUACUGUUGCUCCUUCCUUUUUUUUUAUAUAUCUUCUUUCAACUCAAAAAUUCACAAGUGAUCUGCAGACUGCAACCGUUUG